AUGGCCAGGCUAGAUAUGCCGGGCGUGGAGGAUAUUCCGACAAAGCGGAGCAGGCCAGAGCCUAGCACCAAGGCGGACGCGUUGUACAGUAUCGCCCACGUGUCAAGGGCUUUCAGUAUGCGGGCAGCCUCUCCAUGCGAAAUGUCGCCGCUUUCCACGCAGGCUUGGACCAAGGGGCGGCCUAUUACAAACGCGCACGGACACAUUGAGCAAAACAGAGUGCACCCCUGCACAAUGCUUGCGUCAAGAGUGUCCCCGGCGAGAAAAGACACAGCAGCUUUAAGCAGCGAGAGCCCCACCACGCCCCUGGAGAACAGGGAGAAGACCCGGUGUCUUUGCACGCGCGACUUGCAGCACGAGCGCGGCGUGAAGGCUUUUGACACGACAAGACACCAAAUAAGAAGGUGCGAGUGCACCGCGUUGUUCAGCCGGGUGUACAGGAGAAUGUUGGCCGAAACCAAGAGAACGGAAAGCACUUCUUUCUGCGUGGAGGCGCUGCGGGCAAUGCAGCAGGAUAUCAGCAAGGCCACUGUGAGAGAGAGCACGCUUUCUUCAAGGAACAGAAGAAGCGUGGAGAGAGCCAGAAGAAGCCUGUUUUCCAAAGAAAGGGAGAUUUUUUUGCUAAACUGCAUGCGCGUGAAAAUAGAGCGAGCAUAUAACAUGCCUGCAGUGGAAGGGUAUAUUAUUAAAAAGGACCGGGCAGGCAAUAUUAUAUUGGCUGGCGCGCAGUCGCAGGACAGAGCCAUAAAGGGCGUGGUGUACAUUAAAACAGCAGCAAUUCGCAGCGUAGAGCAUAUCCCCGAGUAG